GUCCUCCACGUCAUCUGAGCUCUUUUUCUGGCCUCGACGUGGGCUGUUACACGCCGUUGAUCAAGCUCGACGUACCUCUGACCGUUGAUUUUCCAAGAAAAAAAUGCUUGUGGCCACCGAAAUUUAGAGGCCAUAUAUAUUUAUUAUAUUUUCUCGGACACCUCUUUUACAUGUGAGAAUCUCUGGAAGUUAACUUCACCGGAAUCUUGAAUCUCCGUCGCUGGAAUCACAUUGAAUUGUCGUUCCUCGAUAUAUUUCUUCAGGACUAGGGUUGAAGAGAGCCCUUUGUUCAUUGCAUAUUUUUCUUACUACCUAUGGGAGUUGUGACUGUUUCCAGCUCUGCUGCGCGUAGUCUCAGAGGAUUCAACAACAGAUUUUCUGCUCGUUUAUGCCCGCUUAAAGGACCAUUCAUAUUAUCAUUCAAAACCGAUAAGACCAAAAAUGCAGCCUUAGUUUCUCCAAAAGAAUCUGAAUCUUUACUUAUACAGUAUUCAAAAGACGAUGAAAAGAGGCUUGGACAAGCCUCGUCGAAGCUUUCUGCAGGUAGAGUGUGUGGCGUUAUCUCCACCGAUGAAGCCUCCCCGAGCACCAUAGAAUUGGAUUACAAUGAAGCUGCUGCGAAACUGGAGAAACUGUACAAGUCUAGUCCAGAAACUGGAGAUCGUACUGUGAAGAGAGGCCGAGGAAGGAGAAAGAGGAUUGGAGAAGGCAAUGAAGAAGCGGAGAAAGAAAACAUUAUAAGGAACCCGAAGAAGAAGGCUAAGCGAUUGAGUCUUGAUAAGAGGAUUACGCUGAGAAGGAAAAAGGAAGGCGAAUUGUUGGUUGCUUCGAUAUCCCAGAAACAACAGCACAGGGAGGCAACUACUAAUGAUGAAAAGAUCGAUAUGCUUGUUAGAGAAUACUCUAUCGGUACAAAUUUAGUGACCUUAGACUGGAAGAAGAUGAAAAUUCCACCAGUCCUUUCAUCAUCUGAGCAUUCCUGGCUCUUUAAACUAAUGCAGCCUAUGAAGGCAAUCUUUCAAGUUAAGGAAAAUCUGCAAAACGAUCUUGGACGAGAACCAACUGAUGUCGAAAUAGCUGAAGCAACAAAUAUAGAUGUCGUUCAGCUAAGGAAAACAUUAGAAGUCGGGCAAGCUGCAAGAAACAAAUUGAUCAAGCACAAUCUGCGCCUUGUUAUGUUUGUCGUCAACAAAUAUUUUCAAGACUUUGCUAGUAGUCCGAGGUUCCAAGACCUGUGCCAAGCAGGCGUGAAGGGCCUUAUAACAGCCAUUGAUCGAUUUGAACCCAAAAGGAAGUUCCGCCUCUCAACAUAUGGCCUGUUUUGGAUCAGACACGCAAUUAUACGCUCCAUCACUCUCUCCAGCUUCACUAAGGUCUCCUUUGGACUUGAAUCGGUGAGAGCGGAAAUUCAGAAGGCGAAAAUGGAGCUGCUGGUGAAGCUACAAAGGAUGCCAACAGAGAAUGAGGUGACAGAAAGAGUUGGAAUCUCCCGGGAGAGAUAUCACGAAGUUAUGAAAGUUUCGAAGCCCGUCUUAUCCCUCAAUGCAAAGCACAAGACAACGCAGGAAGAGCUCAUCGACGGCAUCACUGAUGUGGAUGAUGUUGAAGGCGAUAAGCGCAAGCAUCCCGCUCUUCUCAGACUCGCCCUCGAUGAUGUGCUUGAUUCUCUGAAGCCGAAAGAAAGUCUGGUGAUGAGACAAAGAUACGGUCUUGAUGGAAAGGGCGACAGAACGCUGGGAGAAAUUGCAGGAAAUUUAAACAUUUCGAGAGAGAUGGUUAGGAAGCAUGAAGUGAAGGCUCUGAUGAAGCUUAAGCAUCCUGCUCGAGUGGAUUACCUUCGCAGAUACAUUUUCUAAAUGUCUCAACAAAUUAUAUAUAUCAUUAAACU